GUAACUGCGGUUUAACGACGGAUCAUAACCAGUCUGAAGUCGGAUCAUAACCAGUCUGAACUCGGAUCAUAACCAGUCUGAAGUCGGAUCGUGGCCAGUCUAGACCGGGUCUUGCAGUGAUUUGAUCAGAGCUCAAGAUGGAACACACAGAGCCCCCAGACCUCGCUGAGUCCACACAGUCCUGGUCGGAGUCCUCGUCUGGGUCCUGGUUGGAGUCCUGGUCGGAGUCCUCGUCUGAGUCCUCGUCCUGGUUCACGGAGGACUACGAGGACUUCCUGUGCGAGCGGUCGGACGUGCGGCGGUUCCGCGGCGCUCUGGAGCCGGCCGUGUUCUGGAGCGUGGCCGUGGUGGGUCUGGUGGGGAACCUGCUGGUGCUGUGGGUGUACCUGUGGAGGGGGCGGGGCGUGUGCGGGGGGCGGGGCCUGAAGGCGCUCACUCACCUGUACCUGUUACACCUGUGCGCCGCAGACCUGCUCUUCCUGCUCACGCUCCCCCUGUGGGCGCACCAGAGUACUGCAGGAUGGACCCUGGGCCCCGGACUCUGUAAACUCACCGCCGCCACCUACAAGUUGAACCUGUUUUCGGUCAGUCUGUUCCUGGCGUGCAUCGCGGUCGACCGUUACGUCGUCAUCGUUCACGCGACGGCGGCGUUGAACUCUCAGCGCCGCCGCCGCCGCUGGGCGCGGGCCGUUAGCGUUAGCGUGUGGCUGCUAGCACUGCUGUUAGCCGCGCCGGAGUUAGCCUUCGCCACGGCGAUGCCCCAGGACGACGGUCACAUGACCUGCCGCACGGUUUACCCCGCCCACUGGGGCCGCGCCGCCAAGGCCACCGCCCUCAGCCUCCAGGUCUCGGUGGGCUUCUUCGUCCCAUUGGUCGUCAUGGGCGGGUGCUACGCUGUGAUUGGCCGUCGGCUGCUGAUGACUCACUCGUUCCACAGGCACCGCCCCCUUCUGGUCGUCAUGGCGAUCGUCCUCGUCUUCAUCAUCACUCAGCUUCCUCACAACGGAGUUCUGAUCGCCGAGUUGUGGGACUCUCAGGCGGCGUCUCUUUCCUGUGAUCAGAGGAAGUUUCUGGAUAAAACGGGGUUGGUCCUCCAGGCGCUCGCCUUCGCUCACCCCGCCCUCAACCCCUUCCUCUACGCUCUGAUUGGCCGACGCUUCAGACAGGAAGUGAUGUCGCUGCUGCCACGCUCCAGCAUGCAGAAGAAGAAGGUCUUCCUGUCCUCCAAGUCCCGCCCCCGGACUCUGUCGGACAGCGACACGUCGCAGGGACUUUCCCUUUAAGAGACACGAGACCGCCCCUUUAAGAGACAAGAGACCGCCCCUUUAAGAGACAAGAGACCGCCCCUUUAAGAGACAAGAGACCGCCCCUUUAAGAGACAAGAGACCGCCCCUUUAAGAGACACAAGAGACCGCCCCUUUAAGAGACAAGACACCGCCCCUUUAAGAGA